AUGUGUGUGUGUUGCAGGGGGGAGAUGGGCGGAGCUGCGUCAGAGGCGCUGGCUGGCUGCGUCGGCCGCUACCGCGGCUACUCCACGGCCUCAAACUCCCAAAGGUUGGCCGGAAAGGUUGCCAUUAUCACUGGUGCCGCUAGCGGCAUCGGCAAGGCGACCGCCACGGAGUUCGUCAGGAACGGCGCCAAGGUCAUCCUCGCCGACAUCCAGGACGACCUCGGCCGCGCUGUCGCCUCCCAACUCGGGCCGGACGCGGCCUAUGCCCGCUGCGACGUCACGGACGAGCUGCAGAUCGCCGCCGCUGUCGACCUCGCAGUGGCGCGCCACGGCCGGCUCGACGUAAUGUACAACCAUGCAGGUGUCACGGGGCCCAUGGCCGUGGACUCCAUCACGUCCCUCGACCUCGCCGACUACGACCGCACCAUGGCCGUCAACGCCCGGUCGGCCGUCGCAGGGAUCAAGCACGCGGCGCGCGUGAUGGUGCCGCGCCAGACUGGCUGCAUCAUCUGCACCGCGAGCACCGCGGGGGUGAUCGGCGGCGUCAUCGCGCCCCCGUACAGCAUCUCCAAGGCCGCCGUCAUCGGCGCCGUGCGGGCGGUGGCCGGCGAGCUGGGCCGCUACGGCGUGCGCGUGAACGCCAUCUCGCCGCACGCCAUCGCCACGCCAUUCGGGCUGCGCGGGUUGGCGGAGCUGCUCCCGGCGGCGACCGAGGAGGACCUGAGGCGGAUGGUGAAGGGAAUGAACGAGAUGGGCGGCGGGUCGGUGCUGGAGGUGGAGGACAUCGCCAGGGCGGCUGUGUACCUCGCGUCCGACGAGGCCAAGUACGUGAACGGGCAUAACCUUGUCGUCGACGGAGGGUUCACAGUUUGCAAGCUGACCAAGACGUAGCGAGGAUUUACUGGCGUAUAUUGCAUGACUACUUUGUCAUC